GAGGUGCUCUCUAAAGAGCUGAGUCUUCAAGAGGUUCUUGAAGACAGGCAGACUGUUCUGGUAGUGCUUGGUAGGUCAUUCCACCAGUGUGGAAGGACCCAUGAAAAGAGCUGAUGUUGACUGCACUGAAUGUUAAUGUUUGCCUUUCAAGUCAAAAAGAGGAGUUGCAGAUGAAAGAGUUUUAAUCCUUUCGGAAUAAAUAUGUACUUUUUCUUUUCUAACUUCCAUUUUACCAGAAUGUUUGAACUCAGGAUGUGAUUAUGUCUAGGAGAUAAAGGGUAUGAUUAAACAACAGGCUUAAUGCAGCUUUGAAACUCUUUAUCCUAACUUUAAGAAGAAGAAGAAGUUGUGGAUUUCAAUGGAUUAUAAAGUGGACGGAAAUUUGAUCAAAACUGAAUUUGAGGCUGAAAACAAUAGUCACCAACCAGUUUUGUGUAAAAGCCCAUGCUGCAGAUAUGUGAUCGAUCCAUAGCUGCCAAUAUAUUGUAUUAUCUCAUUGCUGCCAAUGUGAAGAUAUUCUCUCUGUGUGUGUCUCAGUACACAGUCUGAAUAGCAAUCAGGUUCCCUUUCCUUACAUAAUGCAUGAGACGUGGGACUCCUUCAGUCGAUUGGUGUAUGAUUUUUAUAUGUUUGGUGUGUGUGUGAGAAGGGGUCAAAGUAAGUUGACCAAAGCUAUAGCAGGACCAAAGAAAAAACCAACAGGUGCACCAACACGUGUGUGUGCAUGCAGCCCUCAUGAGGAAAAUUAAGUGGGCCAAAUGACGUGGAAGCAGAACUGCUGAGUUUUUUCCAACCUCCCAUCUCAGCUGACAGCUCGAGCCUCCAUCAACUUCCUCCAACGUUCCAGUGGAAUUCAGAAGCAACCUAAUAAUUUUCAUUCUGCUCUGCCCUAUCUUUCCUUCCCCAUCAGCCCCCCCACACCCCACUGUCUAAAUUGCCAUUCCACUCUACUCCUCUCCAGGGACACAAAAGGGCCUGCAGAUGUUCCGAUCGACUCUAAUAAAUUGUAUGUAGUCAGUUAAGCAGAGCGACUGCCUACUGGCAAAGCUGCAAACCUUUGAGGAAAAAAAAAGGGUCCCUCUAAAUUUGAUUCACCUUGAGCAGAGAAGUGUCUUGAAAGCGAUGUCUAAGACAGAGUAAAUAAUGUGUGUAUGGGAGAAGUGGGGAGGAAAGAGAGAGACAACAGAAGACAAUAAGAAAGACAGAGCUGGGCUGUCGUGAUCAGUGAGGUCACCCAAAGUACAGGCAAACAAGCAGGGUUCAGUUUUUACACCAUUUGUGAUCCAACUCGGCUCAAAGUGAGGAUCAUGAAGGACCGUGUACUGGAAGCUCCUGUCAGAGUCAUGUCCUUGCUUAAAUUUAGUUCAAACACCAGCGGCAGUUGCUGGUACGUAAGAGAGGGAAAGAUUAUUUCAGGCCCAGCUUUUGAAGUUUAAAUUCCACUUCAUGUUUCUUUUGCAGUGCUUCAGAAAAGCCCGAUCUCCCACGGUUUUUGAAAUGUAACAGUUUUUGAGAAAAAUGUCAAACUCACGAUGGAAUAGUACAUUAUCACAAACUCUCUCAGUUACAUACUCAUGAAAUACCCACAUAAACGAAGGUACAGUCAGAGUCAAUUCAAGAAUGAGUUGUCAAAUAAAGCGUGGUCAGAUGGCAAUAUUGAUAUCAUAAUCUGUGCCUCCAUAGAUAAAAUCACACCAGAAAGAAAAGAAAUAAUCUGGGAUAAAAGCUAAUUCUGAAUGAACUAGUUUCAUAACUGAUGGACUUUAUCUGAUGAUGAACUGUAGAAUAGACAGUUUAGAUUUGACAGCUUAUUUUAGAAAAGGCAGAUCUCCCCUUGUUGCCCUUAUAGUGCCCAGUAGAUUUGUUGGUCUGUUGGGUAAGGUAUGUCCUUGUACCAGUUCAAAUUUACAUGAAUGCACCUGCCAUAGAGUGUUGUUUGAGGAUUGUGGUAAAGUCUGUUCAGACAUAUGUUCUCCCUCUAAACUGUUAUGUGACAAUCCAUAUGCCAUACAAGAAGAAAAAACAAAAACAACAAUGUCAUUUAUUUUGGAGGAAAUGGGCCAAACCAAACCCCUGCAGCAGCCCCUCGUAUGCAGAUUUAAUACACACAGCGCGCAAGCUGUUCCAGAUCCAGAGCUGUAUCCCGGAGACUGCGCACAUCUCUCCAGAGACCAGGGACUAUACUGUAUGUCACUCAGCUCAGUAAGGAUUGGCAUGUUUAUUAUUAGGUCUCUUUGCAAAUUCUGCGCUCUAUGCAGGAUUGCUCAUGUCCUGUCCCCAGCGGCUUAAGGCCCAAGCGAGAGAGAAAAUUCAAAGCACACUUGUUGUUGCAGCGCUCCCCAGAGGUAGGAAAGCAGGUGGAUGAUAGAGUGCAGUACAGACGUAUGACCUGGGCAGUGAUUAGAUCACAUUUCUAGGGCAUUUUGAGGAGAAGCGGAUGAGGCAGUGGCUGAGGAUCCAGAGACUGGAAGCAUUAGGAUUCAGUCCAGGACUGCAGCCACAGAGCAACAGAAAUAAUUUAAGGUCACAAAUACAGCCCUCCCAUUCACUACCUCAUAGUCGAGUCAGUGAGUUGCUGUGUGUAUUUGGAUUAGCAGAAUAGUUGUAAUUCAUGAAGAGAAAAAGAAAGACCAGAUAAAAAAAAGAGCCAUGAAAGAAGAGGGCAAUGAAAAAGAAAAAAAAGGUCAGAGAGUGAGAGAGGUUAUAGCUGUGUUUAAAUCAGUGACUGGAAAUGAAGAGUAGUGAGAAUAAUUGCAAUUUGCAUCACUAUACUUUGAAGAGUUAUAUAGUAUGAAACUGAAAGAGAUCUCUGGUUGCAUUUCUCUGUUUAUAUUUUACAUCUUAUUAAAGUUGGUUGCACAGUGUGCAGUGGGAGUAAAGCAGCCAGAGCAGAACAGAGGGCGACGAGAAACGGCUAAGUCCUGCUCUGCUUCAAUGGUCAUCGGUUUGUUAUUCAGAAAUUGGCAAUUUACCCCGAAACUCUUGUACAAGUUGUUGUUUUUUGUUUAAAUACCAUCUCAACACCCGCUGUACGACUGUGGAGGCUUCAACCUCAGGACAGGAAGUCAGUCUGCGGCUGACUGACAAUUGACGAGUUUUAAGGACCUCUAUGGAUCUGACCAACUCUAUGAAGUAAAAUUUUGAGUUUUACUUUUGUAUAUUUUUGUUUAACUAUUUACUCACUAUUACUAUUAAUUAUUUAAACACUUGGAUUAGUCACACAUAGGAAUGUUGAUUUAUCUCGAUUAACACUGAUUAAUCUAGUUAAUCAGAUUAAACAUUUCGGUUGUCUGACUGUUUAAACAUGAAUUAGCGUCAUAUGCUUUGUUCUCGGAAUGCGGAACGACUUUUGCUUCUCACACACAGUGUGAAAUUUUGAAAGGAUAGAAGAAAAGAGCUGCCGGAGAACCUCUCAGGUCAAGUGUCCAGCAGUUCAGCUGAGUCAGCAGAGUCAGCAGAGUCAGGAGAAAGGAUCACCACAUUCUCCACUGGCAGUAAAACACACCUUGCUGGGCCUCUGAUGGUGAUGAGGCAGGGUUACGUGUGGGGUCGGAGCUCACACAGAGGACUACACUCUGACCAUGUACUUCCAGCAGGCUUGGCGAGACAAGCGGCUGUCCUACUCUGAGAUGCCACUGAAUCUGACCUUAGAUAACCGAGUGGCGGACCAGCUCUGGGUCCCCGACACCUACUUCCUCAACGACAAGAAAUCGUUUGUGCACGGCGUCACAGUGAAAAACAGAAUGAUUCGACUCCACCCUGACGGAACCGUACUGUACGGUCUAAGGAUCACCACCACUGCUGCGUGUAUGAUGGACCUGAGAAGAUAUCCUCUGGAUGAGCAAAACUGCACACUGGAGAUAGAGAGCUAUGGUUACACAACAGAUGACAUAGAGUUCUACUGGCGAGGAGGAAACAACGCCGUGACAGGCGUGGACAAGAUUGAACUUCCCCAGUUCUCCAUUGUGGAUCAUAAGCUCAUCUCCAAGAAUGUCGUCUUCUCCACAGGUGCUUACCCCCGUCUGUCCCUGAGUUUUAAGCUGAAGAGAAACAUCGGCUACUUCAUCCUGCAGACGUACAUGCCUUCUAUCCUUAUUACCAUCCUCUCGUGGGUCUCCUUCUGGAUCAACUACGAUGCGUCUGCUGCCAGAGUGGCUCUAGGUAUCACAACUGUGCUCACCAUGACAACCAUCAACACCCAUCUGAGAGAAACCCUCCCCAAGAUCCCCUACGUCAAGGCCAUAGACGUGUAUCUGAUGGGCUGCUUCGUCUUCGUCUUCCUGGCUCUGCUGGAGUACGCGCUGGUCAACUACAUCUUCUUUGGACGGGGCCCGCAACGACAGAAAAAAGCAGCCAAGAAGACAGCUAUAGCUAACAAUGAAAAGUUGAGGAUGGACCCAAACAAAUGGCUGGUGGGGAACGUGGUCGGCAGAGACGACACUCUAUAUGCAAGAAUGAAGCAGAGGGAUCUGGACGGGCACGAAUCCAUGUGGGAGCCAAUCUUUGUGGAUGACACAGCGAUCGGGCUGGGUGAUCAGAAGAACAGGAUGGACCCUCAUGAAAACAUCCUUCUGAGCACACUGGACAUCAAAAAUGAUAUGGGUGUCUCAGAGCUGGCUCUCGGUCUCAACGACCCACGAAAUACCAUGCUCAAGUACGACAGCUCGACUCUGCAGUACCGCAAAUCAGGGCUGGCCAGGCACAACUUUGGCCGAAACACACUGGAGCGUCACAUGACUCAGAAGAAGAGCCGUCUACGAAGGCGCACCUCACAGCUUAAGAUCAACAUCCCAGAAUUGACUGACGUAAACUCUAUUGACAAAUGGUCCAGGAUGAUCUUCCCCACAGUCUUCUCUUUCUUCAAUAUAGUUUACUGGCUCUAUUAUGUCAACUAAAAAGAGAAACACACGACAGUGACAGGAAAAUAUCUUACUCAAUUUUUUUGUUUUUGUUUUAAUGUUUCAUGUAAUCUUUUGUCUCCGAAUAUAACAUCGGACUGGAACUAAGACUUCACUCCGAAAAGAAGAAGAUUGCAAUCCAAAAAGGUGCCUGGUCUUUAAGAUAAUGUUUCGAUUUUACAUCUUUUGUUUUCAUGGUGCAAUAUUAAAAUAUUUAUGGUUUUUUUAUGUUGGAAAUUACUUCAUUAAAUACAAAGAAAUUGUUUGACAUGACCCUGAACUGUACCAUUAGUAGAAAAAAAAACCCUCAUUCCUUUACUUGAUUUUUUACUGAAGUAUCAAGGCCUCAAUUUUCUAAUAUCACGUCUUUGAUCAAAAUAAAGUAGCAUUAUUCACUACUAAAAGAAAAUAAUCACUUCGACCACAUAGUGAUUCGGCAGUUUUAUGCCCUUCCUGACGCAACCCAACCAGGCAUUUGGGGACAAGGUGGAAUCAAACCCAGAACCCUUCUAGUGACAUCACUCUGGCCAUGACAUUUUGAUGCUUUUGAAUUAUUCCCAGAAACCAAUACGUUUCAUGAUAUAGACCCGUGAGUUACAGUCAACCUGAAGCUACAUUCUCUCAAGUGACUAACUGGAAAAAACAAACCACAAAGUAAAACAAAUUCAGAUGGGAUGUGAGUCUUGGGUAGACAACAGGAGGGAGUUCCUAACUAAAGUAAAUUAAAUAUGUAUAUCAACUGUAUAGCACUGAGUAUAAAUUAUAACAAAAAAAAAAAUCUGCUCUAUUUUUGCUUUUCUUUCUUUUCUUUAGAGCUAAAAAUGAUUUAUUUUAUUCCCCCUGAAAUGUAACACAGUAUUAAAAGCACAAAAAUGAAAGUUAAAUAUUAGAUAAUGAAUGCAGAUUAUAUACGGAAUAUUUAUAAAUAUAAAUAUAUAUUUUUUUCUCCUUUUCUUAAUCAUCAAAAUUAUAAUCUGGACUUGAUUUUCAUCUACAUCCAUUUUUUUUUUUCAGUUUUACAUUUGAAACCCACACAGCAUAUACAACGGCUAGGACAGCAGACAUUUUUACAGGAGAGCUUACACGUAAAACAAUCUUUGAAGCCAUAAAGGUUGGUUCAGUCCUGUUCGCUGACACAUGGUGCUUAGAUGUAAGGUGAGAGAAAUGGUCAGUAGAUUUAAUCACGAUAAAAAUGUGUGUAAAAGUUAUAACAAUGGUUAAACAGCAACGUACUAGAGUGAUUUUUAUUAAUAUGUACUAAAAUGUAGCCCAGGACGUUAUAGCCUCACUGUACCAAUUUAUUUGUUUAAAAUUCUUAUUUUUGUUAUUGUAUUUAGAGCUUUUUUUGGAGUUUGUUGAAAAUAAUAUCCACCUAGGUAACACAGUGACAUCAAUUCCUACUAACAAAGUUUUGUUUUUGUUUUUUUUGGCUCAAACAGCAUAAAUUUCUCCUCAGUUAUUCGAUUUGGAUUAUGAUCAUUCAUAUGUGUUUGCUACUAUUUACAAAAAGUUUGUAAAUACUUCACUCAAACACAAAUCUGUUUUUUUAUAUCUCUUGUCAUGAAUUACAAACAACUUCUGUGUUUUAUUUAAUGGCAUUUAAUGAAUUAAAAGGCUAUGUUAACUGAAAUUUGAAAUCACCUCCCAGUAAAAACCACACACUUCAUCAAUUAUGGACAAGACAAGAGAAAAUAUUAAAGUCUUGUUCACUUAUAUGUAAAUACUUUAUAUUUAAAAAAAAAACACUUUAAUGUAAUAACUCCAGAAGACAGGAGAGUAAAAUGUAAAAUAAUGUAAAUAAUUUAUAUCACAGCGUCACUAUAUCACUUUUAUUGUUUUUAUUGUUGCCAAAAUGUAAACAUUAUUUAUGAAUGUAGUUUAUUUAUUUAUUUUUGGUUUGCUUUACUGUGUCUACGAAGCCAUAGCGGUUUAUUACACCACUGUCCAUAAAAAAAUCAACAAACUAACAAGAUGUUUACAAACAGAAACACGAUGAGAGGUUGAAGUGAUAAGGAGUGAGACGCCUUUGUAUCAGACAAAACUGUCAUGUGCUUCAAAACAGCACGACAGCCACAGUGAAAUCCAGGAUUACUGUUAACAACAACAUACAGUCGUAAUUAUUUUAGAUUUUUUUCCUUCUUUUGUCAAUUUCCCAACAAUGCACGUCAAAUGACACCAUUUAACCAACAGUACAGUAGUAACAUUAUAGCACAUAUGCAAAACAUAACCACCACACUUACUUCAAAAGUCAGAGACCUCAAUUAUCUAAUGAUGAUAUAAUUACUAUUAUUUAAGAAUAGGAAAAAAUUGGUGGUGUGUGUGUGAGUGUGUGUGUGUGUGCGCGCAUGCAUCGUUUAUCCAAAAUAUAACUGAAUAUUUGAAAGCACUCUCUCCACUGGCGGUCAAGGUCAGCUUCAUGAGUCCUACAGCUCAACGUGUUUGUACAUCACAAUGCGUUUUUGUUUUAUAUACUGUAUUUUUAUACUUCUGUACAAAAAAAAAAAAGAAAAGAAAAAAAUGCACACUGUUGUUUGAAACCUUGUAAAUCCAAUUUUGGCAAAAUUUUCACAUUUAUACUCUACUAAAUGGUUACGUACAGUACAUACACACUAUGGACUCUGAAAAAGACUGUCGAUUUUUCUUCAUGGCAACCCUUCCUCUGUACAGAGUUCAGGUUUGGAAAUGGCUUGUCAUUGAAAGUCUCUGGAAUGGAAAGUAUUAAAGUUCUACACAAGGUUUCUAUCAGAUGGAAAUGGCUUUUGGGACAAGAAAGGGCAGAGUGACUUUUGAAAAACAGAAAGAAAGAAAAAAACAACAACUAAAUGACACAUGUUGGUGACAGAGUACAUGUUUGCACACACUCACAGAAGAAGCCUUAGCCUCCUGCUGUCCUGGACUUCACACCCAGCAGCAUUGAUCCUUCCUGCUAUUUUAUUAGCCGACACCCUUGCAAAAAACCCUUGGUGUAUGCCAUUCACAAGAACAUUCCCUGAACUGUACCCUUCUUUAAUAUAAACCCUGAAAAAGUCAGUGUUCAUCUUUACUUUGAAAACUAUUGAAAUAACUACAUUGUCAAUAAAUAUUGUAUACAGUUCUA